UGGAUCCCAAACGACCCUCAUACCUGCGUGUGAGCUUGAUGCGUCGUAAAAGAUGCUCCAUGGACAAUCGGGUAAUGUGACACGACAACGGAUGUUUCCGCUUCAAUCAUGAUGACAUGGAGCAGCAUGUGGCAGAUGAUUAGUUCAUGCGUAGUGCAAUCAAUCUCAGGAGACUCUGGCAGUGGCAGGUUCAACGAAGGCACAUGUAUCUAGUCACUAGACUUCGAACUUUCUUAACAAUUUUUCUUGCUAUGCAAAUCCCAUGAUAUAUCCUCAGCCAACGUGAGAGAAUCAAGCCACUUAACAGUGCCCCUCUCCAAUGACUCCAAUCGCGGUAUAUGAGGAUGGCACAGGCCGGGAUGGCCUUAUCAUGACCAACCAUAUCAAGGGAACAGCCGCCGGCAAUUCUGUUGCAGCGAAACAAGACAAUGCAGGCAUGGUCGAUCAUGCACUCAUGCUCAACUCUGCAGCAGCGGGUGAAGUAGAUGACCUACUAUGUGUAGGCUUCGGGCCUGCGUCACUGGCCAUUGCAGUAGCCUUACAUGAUCUGCUGCAGGAGCAAGGAGGCGUUGGCAGCACGGUCAAUACUCCCAGAGUGCGCUUUUUGGAACGGCAGCCGACAUUCAGAUGGCAUGCUGGGAUGCUACUACCGGGCGCAAAAAUGCAGAUCUCGUUUAUCAAGGAUCUUGCAACUCUUCGAGAACCACGCAGUCACUUUACCUUCCUGAACUAUUUGAAACACCACGACCGACUUGUUCAGUUCACGAACCUGGGUACUUUCUUGCCUGCCCGAGUCGAAUUCGAUGAUUAUCUGCAGUGGGCGGCGUCUCAUUUUGACGACGUGGUCGAGUAUGGCCAGCAAGUGGAAUCCAUUCGUCCACGGAGAUUAGCGGAUGGCGGUAAAUACGACUGUCUGGAGGUUGUGUCGCGCGAUUUGAGGACGGGGAGCAGUGUGACUUUUCUAAGCCGGAACGUUGUCAUUGCUGCCGGUGGACGAUCGAAAAGACCUCCUCAAUUUCCUGAGUACCACGACAGGAUCCUGCAUUCAUCAGAGUACAAUACCCGGAUCGAGCAAGCCUUACCAGAAAAGGACAAAGCAUACAACAUAGCCGUGAUAGGAGGCGGCCAGAGCGCGGCAGAGGUCUUCAAUGAUUUGCAUGGCCGCUACCCCAAUGCCACCACGAGGCUGAUACUUCGAGACACAGCAUUGCGGCCCAGUGACGACUCACCCUUUGUGAAUGAAGUCUUCGACCCCGAAGCCGUCGACACGUUCUAUGAUCAGCCCAAGGGGUUUCGAGGUGACACCCUCAAACGAAACAAAGCCACAAAUUACAGCGUCGUCAGGCUUGAACUCAUUGAGAAGAUAUAUGAGCUUCUUUACCUGCAAAGCAUCAAGCAACCAGACAAAUCUCGGUGGCAACAUCAGAUUCUUCCGUCGACAGAGGUCACCGAAGUCGUCGAUUACAAGUCAACCGGAGGAUUGCUGCUGACACUGACCAAUUUGAACCCACUAGACAACAAGGCAACAGAAAAGAUGCCUGUGGACGCCAUCAUAUUGGCGACUGGAUAUCGCCGAGACGCACACGUCGACAUGCUCAAGGACUGUCAGCCCAUCAAUGCCAACCAUGAUGGUCAAUGGCAAGCCGGACGCGAUUAUGGUGUGAAGCUGGAUCCGCAACAUGUAGAAGAGGGCGUGGGGAUAUGGCUGCAAGGGUGUAACGAAGAGACGCACGGUCUUUCUGACUCACUGCUUUCGAUCUUGUCCACGCGUAGCGGAGAGCUGGUGGAUUCGAUCUUUGGCAAAGACCUGGAGAUCAAUGGUCAUGAUUCGCAAUUGUGAGUCGUGGUCCAUACACGAGGCACGACAUCCUGUGCAGGCGAGGAAUCCAUCAGGCCGAGGAACCUGAACGUAGCACAGCACAUGUAGUGACACCAGAGUUGCUGAAAGGCUGCCUGUC